CCUGUUGCAACUUCCUCGAUGUUUGCCUAAAGUUGGCCGAUUCGGUUCCUUUCGAAUACCGCGUAUUGGUGCUACUUGGAAAAAGCCGUUUGCAUCCGAGCGGCAGACUACUUAAACAUCGCCAGGAGACACCGCGCACUACAUCGAAGUGGCACGACAUCGUAAACUUCAUUACCUAUACUGUGUAUUCAGAGUAUAAUAUCUACUGUCAUCAUUUGAACGAGCAAGCAGCUGAAAAUAAACAGUUAACUUCAUCAUAAUCAUCAGCAACCUAAAGGAUACAAUACGCCAACUAAUUUUACAGGCCUUUUACAAGAAGAAACGACAAAAGAUGGCUGGCAAACAAGUGGUGCCCGUGAUUUCCAAAGAGAUUACCAUCGACGGCGAGCUAUAUAGUUUGGAGAUUGUUCCCAAAGCUUCAACCCAAUUGGUCGUGAAGCAGAGGAAUGCAUUGUCUGCUGAUCUUGAUCUACCAGGACUGGUAGAGGAUCUACAGAAACUUGGUAGUUUUGUCAGAGUUGCCUUCUACGGUGUUACCGGACACACUCAACUGCAGAUCAAGGUCCAAAAACUUGGGUUUACUGUUGCAAAACUGUGCCAGGAGUCUGACAUAACGGUCGUCCUUUUCAAGAAGGCUUGCACGGAAGUAAUCGACACUCUCCAAUCGACCUAUGAAUACCUUCUGGAUGGCUUCGAGGAUAUUGCCGUUGAUAACCUGAAGGCGUUAGCAGAGGUAGCUAAGAAGAUGGCCGACGCUUCUGAUAAGCUGACGAAUGAGUUUAAAACGGCUACUGGUAUGGUCGAAGCCACUCUCGAAGACACUAUGACUGAGAAAGGGAAUCAAGAGAAUGAGAAGAAGAAGGCCCAGGACAAGCAAAAGGAGGAGGAAACGAAAGCAGAGCAAGAGAAGAUAAAGCAGAAAGGCGCAGAAGAGGCCGAAGCGUGCAAGCGAGCAGAGUAUUCGUCAUCUGCGAGGAGAGAAGAUCAAGCUGAAUCCAACCUAAAUGAAGCGAUGAGGGUCAACCGUGAUAGGUCCUUCUUCGACCGUAUUUUCCGAUCGAUGAAUGGGGAAAUCUGUCAAAAACGUGACAUACUUAAGGAAGCGAGGGAAGAACGUCUUAAGACCCUUCGAGAGAUCGAUAGACAGAGAGAGGAGAAGCUUAAAGCCACACUCGAGCUUAAGAACUGUGUCUUGAGGAUGCAGCAAGCUAAGGCCGGGGAAAGUCUCUCCGAGGCCGCCAUUAACGCACUCCACGGUGCUCAAAGUGCCUUGAAAGCGAUCACAGUCAUUAUGAUACAGGCGUCAAAGUUCUGGAGACUUAUGCAUGAACAUUGUAAGCAGAUGGGCAACGAACAGAUGGUCGACAAGAUCGAGAAGCAGAUGAACAAACCGGAAGCGAUAAGGUUGAAGCUGUGGGGAUCGAAGCCGUUUAUAAAAGAAGGCGUGCAGUGUUAUGCAAAAUGGGUCGCCCUUGAAGACGUUUGCACAACCUACCGGGAUCAGAUCAGGGGAGUGGAGGGCCAAUUGUACACGUAUCUGAAAGAGAACCCCACAACGGAAGAGGCAAGGCAAGAGGUCCCGGCGAUGGCGAUGGCUCUGAAGGACGAUUUGGAAAAGGCUAUCGCAAAGAUGAACAAGGAGGCUAUCGAGGAUAAGAAGGAAAUGAAUAAGGCAAGCAAGGAAACUGAGGAAGAGAAGGAAACAGAUUAAAACUGCGGGAAGGCUUCGGAAAGUUAUAGGACACGUGCAUAUUCAUUAUAGUGUCUCAUCUUGACUCUCGGCAAUGCUUUCAUGUGCUUACAUGUACGUUAGCUUUCAGACAAUGUGCGUCAAGCACGCAGUCGAGAUAUACAUACUUAUAUACGGGGAACCUCUGAAAAUUCAGAGAGUACAGAGCCUACGUGUAUUACGCAGGUUAAAAAUGGAUGCUUAGGUCAGGUUUCAGUGUCAGCUUGGUAUUGGUCAUCCUGAGGAAAUCAGGGGUUAAUGUUUAUUUUUGGAGAAUUAGAUGGUCUCAAUUGACAGCAAUUUUUCACUUGGAAAUUUUUACUAAAAAACGAGUUUCUGUAUAUGCUCAUUGUUAAAUUAGAACCAAUAAAGCUUGACAAUCGUAUACUU